UUCGACCACCAACUUUACGAGGAUUCCACUCGUGCUAAACGCAAUGCAAUUGGGAACCAUUCUGAUAGGACACUUAUAGGUAAGCAACCUGAUACCACCGAAUUGGUUGGUUCUGAUGUCGAAGCAACUUCCCCCCGUCAAGUCGUAGCCAGUACGAUUGCAACUGCACCUCCUACCUUCCAUUCCCUCAAUUUUGCUGCUGACUCUCUAGUCUGUCAGAACUGCCGACCUUGUUCCGCUCGACCUCAUUCGCCUUACUCGUCUUGCUCGCCCUCUCCAGACUCCCAAUCUACUUUAUCCACAUCGCUUCAUCCUUCCAUAUAUCCCCUAUCCUGCGGAAAUUCUCAUUCUUACCAGAAUCACCUGCACCACAACAAACAAGAGAAUGUGUAUUCUCUAAAUCAGCAGCAAGGACAACAUCCUCAUCAACCAACGGCGAGUGCCCCAAUUAACAUAGACGCCGAUGGAUGGCAAUAUGGCCCUCACGGAAUUCGAGUGCUUUCUUUGGACGGUGGUGGUAUCCGAGGCCUUAUCACGAUUCAAACUCUUCGUGCUAUCGAGCGUGCUGCCCAUCAACCUAUCAGAGAUCUUUUUGACUGGAUCAUUGGUAUGAGAACUUCUACCGGCGGUAUUGUCGCUCUGAUUAUUGCUCAUGGAAAGUGCCUCCGCUACUCGCGUAGCCUUUACUUUGAGUUCAAGGAGCUCGUUUUUACCGGAAAGCGUCCUUAUGAAACAGAGUCGCUCGAAAGUUUCAUGAUUGAUGAAUUUGGCGAGUCAACAACCAUGACAGACCUCAAACCUGCACGGUGGGUUACCAGGUCUUUCUUGCUGUUCGAUCUAUCUCCUCUAACUCUUUCUUUUACAUAA